UUCGUUCAACAAAAACUACGACGCUCAUGCGAGAUUUUACAAAUUACAGGAGCUCGAGCUCGAGGGAAACUCGUUAUUGCCGAUAUUUUCACCAAAUCUGUUUAGUUAGCUGACAUAUUUAUUUCCAAGCCCAAAGACAGCCCUAGGAAGCCGACACACAAUGCAGAAUGGGGGAUCUCGCCGAGUGGGGAGAGCUCUUGUGCAGGUUUGCAGGAGAUUUUCAAGCAAACCUGGUGUAACGUCACAGACACGUCCGUUCCAAGUAGGAUUGAAACCACCACUCGCUGUACUCGUGACCUGUAUGGAUGGCCGUCUCCUUCCAUCCCGCAUCUUCAAGGCGGAGCGCGGCGAACUACUCAUCAUCCGUAACCCUGGCAACUUUGUACCUCACUCGUGUAAAUGCGAGCCUUCCGAGGGGUCUGAAGCCCCCGCCUUCCCCAGUGGCGAGCUGGCCGGACUUCAACUGGCCAUCCAGAAAAUGGCCAUUCCUGACGUGAUCGUGUGUGGCCAUACGGACUGCAGGGCAGGAGAGGCGCUGCGGCACCUCCCCGUCUCCAGGCCCACGGGUCAGACCGGCUCCGGCUCCCAGCACUCCAUGGACCUCAUGAACAAUUGGCUCCGGGCGUACGGCUCCCCGGCCCUGGAGAAGUAUGAGAGGCACAUGGAGAACCCGGCCGAGGAGGUGACGUACGAGGGAGGAGGGAGGAAAGGAGCCAAGCUGUCGGCGGUCAUAGAGGAUAACGGCAAGCUGAGCAAGACGGACAGAUUAGCACAGAUUAAUGUCCUACAGCAGCUUGAGCAUCUCCAGUCUUACGACUUCAUCGGUAAGAGAAUGGAGACGGACCAGAUCCGGCUCCACGCGACCUUCUACGACACCUUCUCGGGCAACGUGUAUGUAUUCAACCAGAAGCAGGGCCGCUUUAACUUUCUUCCCACGGCCGACAUCGACAGCCUGUCGCACUAUAUAUUCCAGCUCCGGAGCAGUUAACAAUCGCUUCUUCCAGGAAUGAGUACAUUUCAUUAGGGGUAGGUUAGCUAAUAAUGAAAAUUCAAUUUUAGUAUAUAUGUGUACUAUAAGAUAUAGUAUUUAUCGUAUUAAAAAAUACUAUUUUCGAUUUAUUGUCUGUUUAGAACGGAAGGUCAUUACAGGGUUGCAGGUAUUUUAGAGAGUGAAAGUUUGGUCAUUAAUAUUAUUAUCAUUAUUAUUGUUAUUAUUAUUAUUAUCAUUAUAACAGGCUUGGAAAGGCUGGUAUACCUAAGGUAAUACAAGGUCAUGAAACAACACAUUUUUUAUCUGCAGCCCCUUGUGUACACUAAAUGCAUAUAAAGUUCUAGUAACUUUUAAAGUGUCAGGUAAUGCCAGUUUUAAAUAUAAAUGUGUUCAUGUGUGUGUUGUAAAUAUGGAGUAAAUAUAGUAUUUUUUUGCCUACAAGAAUCCAUGUGAUUCCUUUAUUAUACUUCAUAUUCAAUGGUGUACGAUUUGUACAGAUUCAAAUCAAAGUAAUGUUGAGGUAUAGAAAAUAACUCUUUUUAUUGGGACAUCAAUGUACUUUCACAAAGAGUUACUGCCUGUCUGACUCUUUCUGACUCUCUUCAGAGGUUUGGAACACUAUAAGGAUGGUAAAAUGUCUUGUUUUGAAUUUUGGCAAAGUGUAUUGAAGGAACAGUUUACAUUUGAAUGUGUGUGUCUUUGAAAAAUUGUUUGCUGUUUUCGUACAAUAUAUUUGGAUCCAUGCCAUUGCAUUGAACUUGUAACUUUCUUCCAGCUCAAAAAGGUCUGUUCAGACACGACAUAGAAUAUUGCAACAUAAAACGUGCUACAUGACAUUGUAUGUGUUAGUGUAAAUAAAUGUUGAGAUGGGAUUUUAUGGGGUAAAAAAGAAAGCUGUGCAGAACAGUGGCACUAACAGUUGUGCACUCGCAAUUUAGAAUUGAUUUUUGACAUUUGACCCCUUUGCAAUGCACAUUCAUCAUGAAUGUACAGUAUUUUGGGAGUUACAGCUUAUGAGAUAAUUAAUUCCAUGUUUCAUGUUUACUUUGACAAUGAGCUAUAUACCUACAUUAAUGAUUAAGUUCAAACUUCAAACGUUAUGUACAUUUCCCUGUUCUUUGUAUAGGAAUAUUUUGUUGUUGUAAAUUUUAGUUCAAACAUCCGGCAUGGCAAUUACAAACUGUAAAUAUUUGGAUAGGCUUUGCCCCCCCCCCCCCUCCUGUGGCUGUGUUUGGCAAUUAAAGAUAUACACUCUGGUGGCGAUGGUACAUGUAGAUUGCUAAAAGGCAACAAAUCGCUGCUACUGUAUGUCCCACAUCCUUCAAAUCAGUUGUAGUUAGAACUUCAAAUCAUGUUUCUUCCUACGGGUAACUAGUCUUGCUCCUGAAGUUUUGACGAUUUGUAGUCUUUGAAUUUUGGUGAGGUGGUAUUCCA